AUGGGGAAGGUCUCCUCAGGGGCGGCGGCGGCCUUCUACGGGGUGGUGGCGGCGCUGGUGUGGCUGGGCGCCCGCGACGUCCUCUUCCUCUACGAGGAGAACCGCUGCAGCAUGACCUACAUGUUCGAGUACCCCGAGUACCUGAAAAUAAAACUGCCUAAGAAAAUACUCCGCCGUUAUCCAGCGUAUGAGCUCUAUCUCUACGGGGAAGGAAGUUAUGCAGAAGAAAACAGAAAUCUGGUGUUAACUGGGAUUCCGGUCCUCUUUCUUCCUGGUAAUGCUGGCAGUUACAAGCAAGUGCGUUCCCUGGGUUCAAUAGCGCUCAGAAAGGCAGAAGACCUUGAUUUCAAACACCAUUUCGACGUCUUCAGCGUUAACUUCAAUGAGGAGCUUGUGGCGCUGUACGGGGGAAGUCUACAGAGGCAGACCAGAUUUGUACAUGAGUGUAUCAAAGUAAUUCUUAAGUUGUAUCAGGGCCGUGACUCCGCGCCAUCCAGCAUUGCCAUAGUGGGCCAUUCCAUGGGUGGUCUGGUUGCCCGGGCUCUUCUGACUCUUAAAAAUUUCAAGGCAGAGCUCAUCAACAUCCUUGUCACUCAAGCCACUCCUCACACAGCCCCUGUGAUGCCUUUAGAUCAAUACCUGACUGAUUUUUACACAGCUGUGAACCAUCACUGGAAGCACAAGGCCCAGGACAGAACAAAUCUAACGACUCUGUCUGUGGCCGGAGGAUUUCGAGAUUAUCAAGUUCGUUCCGGUUUGGCUUUCUUGCCCAGGUCAAGCCAACAAAACAGUGCCUUGUCUGUUGUGAGCUCUGAAAUUCCUCGCGUCUGGGCUUCAACGGACCACCUUUCCAUAGUUUGGUGUAAAGAAUUGAUCUUGGCUACUGUUAGAGCCUUUUUUGAUCUGAUUGAUGAAAACACUAAACAGAUUACUCAAGAUCCUCAAAAGAGAAUGCUAGUCCUGGAACAUCACUUCUUGAAGCACCCAGCAAAAUUCUUUAAGGAAAAGCCUGAACCAUAUGCUGAACUAACAGAAGCGUUACCGUGGAUCCUGAUAAAAACUUCAAAGUGGUCUUACACAGCACACAACGAAUCGGAUGGGAAAUACUUUGCCUUCCCCCUCUCAAAUCACAGAAAGUUGUACAGUCACGUUCACUGUCAAAACAGUAUGUUGGACACAAAUAGCUGGGUCUAUGGGUGCAUAAACAGUUCCUCAGCUGUGUGCCCGCAAGGUGUUGACUUAUCUUGGAAGGCUGAAUUACUGCCAACGGUUAAGACUGUGACUCUGAAGCUUGAAGACUAUCCAUCUUUGACUCAUCUUGUACUUCAUGUACCAGCUGUCAAUAGUAAUAAGUUUACUUUGGACUGUGAAUUCUUUAAUGAGGUCUCGAGAACGGUGGAACUCCCUGUGACCCAUCUCUUUUCUUUUGGGCUUUCUUCAAGCAAAAUUGUAUUAAAUUCCAGUGGCCUUAUUCACAAUGUUCAGCUUCGACACUUUGGUCAGAUAUACCAAGCUUUUAAACUCUCCAUUGAGAGCCGCUGCCAGUCUCUCAAAGAAAGAAAACCUAGCGUCUACCGACUUUGUAUACCGUGGUCACAUGAAGACUCCUUAACUUUGUCCCAAGUUCCGUCUACAACUGAGAUUUCUGCAAAACUGCACGUCGCCCAGCCUGAAAACGACACUGCAGUUCCAGUGUUGAAUAUUUAUUCCUCUCCGGAUUGUCAGUAUGAAGUAACCGUCAAAACCUCUUUUCUGCAAGUUCUUGGCCAGGUUAUAAGGUUCCAUGGUGGCACCCUUCCUGUAUACAUAAUUUCUAAUAUUCUUCUUGCCUAUGGAAGACAAUUAAAGUCCCUAAUCUCAACAGGCCACUGUACAGAUUUUGUCUCGGCCCUCACGAAGGCAUCCCAGCCCUAUAAAGUCGAACCUCUUGUAAAUAUUAUUAAGUUCUUGUUGGGGCUUAACUGGUUUAAAGGACUCUGGGAUGCGUUAUUCUUGCCGGAGCCGGACAUUGUCACCUUGAGCAAGCAGAAUGUGUGGUUUCCUCUUGUAUCCCUGAUUCUCUUCGUGUUUGGAACUGGCAUUGCCUAUUGGGGUAGCAUUCUCUCCAGUGCAUCUAUAAAGCUCACGUCUUCCUUGUGGGUAGCUUUGACCAGGCAGUCUGGAUCUCCCACAAUCGACAAGCUGAUCACGCAGAGAAGGCUGUGCAUCGCUGCUUUUGUGAUUUUCCUUGGUUGGACCACCUGCGGGGCCUUGGCUAUAGUCCUUACGUACUUUAAUUACAUCUUCAAGGUUAUUAAGCUGCAUUCCAGUGUAAAAACAGAACUAAGUGUCCUUAAUAUGCCCUCGGAGCAGACUUCCGACAAUUCUCACAAAGAAACGGGGAACAGCUGCGGGUCGACAGAUGGCAUCUCAGAAGCCACCAAGCCGCCGGUCAGCCAGGCUGCCGUUGACGGAAUUGCAGAGAGCCUCAAGAUGCAUCUCACCGUCCUCAACAUGCUCACGUGGGUCGUCCUCCUCAGUUGUCCAUCAUUAAUUUACUGGUUAAAAAAUCUCAGGUACCACGUUCAACUUGAUCCUGAUCCAUGUAGAGCCGUCUCUUUUAUCCUCACCCCCGUAGCAGGGAUAAUUAUGAAUGCAAACGUUGCAAAGAUGAAAUCAAGUAAACUGUUGAAGAUCGCCGUGUAUCUUCCGCUCCCCUUCUCUGUUGCUGCCGUGGCCUUCGUGCCGAUGCAUUUAUACAGAAUAUCCCACUUUGUAAUCAUUCCUCUCUCCCUUCACGCAUUAUGCUGCAUCGUAUGAAACCAGUUAA